AUCGGUUCCACGGUGUUCUACGCAAUCGUAGAACGUCUAACCCGGUUAUCCCGGCCAGAUACUAGUUGUCCUGCGGCUAACCCUCUUCCUCGUGGAUCCGUGCCUGGCGUCCUAACCCAUCGCGAAAAAAACGCAGUCCCAUCACCAACAAUUACACCAACAAUUACACCACAAAAAAAACAACGCCCCGGAGAGCGUCCAGGCGCCCUCGAUGAUCCGGCGCGCCACGUGGCGUGCCGUAGGGCUCACGGAGCUACCGGCGGCGCAACGCAAGAGGGCCGUUUGCAGGGUCGCGCGGCGCCCUUUCGAGGCCGCACGGCGCCCGAGGCCGGGGAAGUGGUCGCCGCCCCGCGGCGAGCCUCGGCGCACAGGUCGGCGGCCGCUCGACGCGGCGCGGCGCCUGCGGCGCCCGGCCGCCGGCCGCGGGCCCUCGCGACGGGCGCCGGCGCCUCGGAGCGCGCCGCCGCGGCCGUUGCACCCGUGGCGCGGGCCGGGCAGCGCGCGCCCUCGCCCGCGGACGGCUCCCGCGGGCUCGGGCUCGGCCGGCGACGCUUUCGUGGCGCGGUUGGCGCGCGCCGGGGCGCCGGGAGCGCCAUCCGAGGCGACGCAGGCGCCGCAGGGCUCCCCGGGCCCCUACCGAACGCG